AUGGCAUACUUCAAUGUGCAAAUAACACAUCAGUUAAAGAUCGAAUUGACGGCCACCGGCGGGAAGGACAGCCACAGCAAGGUCCUGACAUCGCGAGGGCUAAGAGACCGCUGCGUUCGAUUAGCGGUUAACACCGCGAUCGAAUUCUAUGAUUUGCAGGACCGAUUAGGCUACGAUCAGCCGAGCAAGGCGGUGGAGUGGCUGCUCGCGGCAGCAGCUAGCUCGAUUGCAGAGUUGCCGCAGAUCAAUUCCCCCUUUCCGGCGGCGGUCGGUGGUAGCAGCAGCUUCGAGACCUCGAUUUCCAGAUCUGAGAAGACGGUUAAGGAAAAUGAGAAAGAGAAAUCUUCUUAUGUUGCUUCCUUCACCGAGCUAUUGAGCGGAGGCAAGGAUGCAUCCGAUGAGAAUUCCAAUAGCGAAGCGGCCAGGCUGGCGGUGGCAAGCGGGCAGCGAAGUAGCGAGGUGGAGGGAGCGGUGGUCAUAGAAGCACUAAUGAGGGAGAGAAAGAGAGCUAGAGAAGAGGAUACGGUGGCGCCUUCUCUACGAUGA